AUGAGAGAGGCUGCUUGGGUUAUUUUUGAUGAGGUGCAUUACAUGCGUGAUAGCGAAAGAGGUGUGGUUUGGGAAGAAAGUAUUGUAAUGGCUCUCAAGAAUUCUCGUUUUGUGUUUCUUUCUGCAAUUGUUCCCAAUGCCAAGGAGUUUGCUGAUUGGAUUGCAAAGGUACACAAACAACCAUGCCAUAUUGUGUACACCGAUUAUAGGCCAACUCCACUUCAGCACUAUGUCUUUCCUGCCGGAGGGAGUGGGCUUUACUUGGUUGUGGAUGAAAAAGCUCAAUUCCACGAGGAGAGCUUCCAGAAAUCUCUUAACGCACUGGUUCCUACUAAUGAUGCUGACAAGAAAAGAGAGAAUGGAAAGUCUCAAAAGGGAUUGAUAUUUGGAAAUUUUGGUGAAGAAAGUGAUAUCUUCAAAUUGGUGAAAAUGAUUAUUCAGCGGCAAUAUGAUCCUGUGAUUUUGUUUAGUUUUAGCAAAAAGGAGUGCGAGGCACUUGCUAUGCAGAUGUCUAAGAUGGAUUUAAACAGCGACGAUGAGAAAGACUCCGUGGAGACAAUCUUUACUAGGGCAAUCGAUAUGCUUUCAGAUGAUGAUAAGAAGCUACCUCAGGCAAGCAUUCAUUAA